AGGGCCGGUGGGCCGCAAAAUCCAACAUGAAAAUCCUCGUGGCUUUGGCCGUGUUUUUUCUCGUCUCCACUCAGCUAUUGGCAGAAGAAAUGGGUGCCAAUGAUGAUCUAAAUUAUUGGUCUGACUGGUCGGACAGUAACCAGAUCAAGGAGGAGCUACCAGAACCCUUUGAGCAUCUUCUGCAGAGAAUCGCCCGGAGGCCCAAGCCUCAGCAGUUCUUCGGAUUAAUGGGCAAACGGGAUGCUGAUUCCUCAAUUGAAAAACAAGUGGCCCUGUUAAAAGCUCUUUAUGGACAUGGCCAGAUCUCUCACAAAAGGCAUAAAACAGAUUCCUUUGUUGGACUAAUGGGCAAAAGAGCUUUAAAUUCUGUGGCCUAUGAAAGGAGUGUAAUGCCGAAUUAUGAAAGAAGACGUAAAUAAACUAUGUAAAAUGUAUUUAUUAAGCUUCAUUUGUGUCAAUGGAUAAUGAAAGGUAAAAUAAAACAUGCACUAUGAUGAAUAAUUAUUUAUUUAGUAACAGUUGUUGUUAUGAGUUAAAGACUCAGAAAGUGUUUAUUUUUCUUAUUGUGUCAAUGUGUGUUGUAAACUGGUGUUGUAAUGAUAAUUCUCUCAAAGUUAGAUAUCAAUGGUAAUUUCUCAACAAAGCACAGUAUCCAAUCCAGUUGUAAACACUUGCUAGUGACAGUCAGUCUCCAGAGAAAGAAACGGCUGCUCUGAAGCAUGAGUUACUGCUGAAAGGGAGGCACUCCUGCCUGUUCCUGUUCUCCCACUGAUUGCUUUCCUCGUGAAAAUAUACUGAGUCUGCUAUCAAUUUGUAUUUGUAUCCUUGCAGCAUGCAUCAUGUUCUGUGACUGUAUAGAGAUGUUCUUAAAGGUUUUAAUGUGAUUCUAAUGUAU